AUGUCCAGUAUGACAUCUGGCAAAUCAGUAAAGACAUUCCCAAGAUAUCGGCCUCUCCCGCAUCUGUUGCGAAACCCUCUUUAUCUCGCGCUUCCCCAGUCAGAGGGAACUACCUUAUCACCAACUUCUAUGAGAUAUUCGCAAAUCUUAAAAAUAGAUUGCGAAGACGGUCAAUCCAAGCAGGUGACAGUCUGCUCGUUGAGCAUUGGCUUUCUGCGAAUGGCAAUGAACUGGGACGCCGAGCAUGACAACGAGAGGCUCGACUUAUGGGUGCCGGGGCAAACAGAUCCAUACGCGAUUUCCUUGGUCAAAAGCUAUCGCGCGUUCUUCAUUCUGAAUGCUCUGUUUGCAUUUGCAGACCGUCGUUAUAUAGAGGAUGAGUGGUCUCCACUCAUCGACUGCAUUGAGAAAGGUAUCAUCCCGGAUGUUGAAGACAUAGACCGUUUGCGAGCACCUUUGGAGAAACUGUUUAAGCCAAAUCCUCUUCGUGCUGCAGAACUUCGGGAAAUCGGGCCUCCUGGCAUCCAGGGUUGGGCGCUUACUCACGUCCUCGGACCUUCUAUCCCCACGCAAGCUACCGGUUAUGGCAGCUCAGAGGGUGGCAUCGCCCUACCAUACCACAAAGGCAAUCCUAACACUGACUAUAAGGUCCUCUUUGUGGAUUUGCUCACCGAAUUUCUGGACGUGCGUUCCAACGAGCCUCCUGAGCGUGUAUUGCCCAUUUACGAACUGGUACUUGGAGGGCAUUAUGAGCCUGUUUUAACGACUCGCAGUGGCUUGUGGAGAUAUCGCAUUGGCGAUGUCAUUACCGUUAAAGGCUUUGCGCCAGAUGACGGAUUGCCUGUUAUCAAUUACCUUCACCGGCGAGAUGGCGAACUUGUGAUGGCAUUCGGAACAACGUGCACUGAAUCGCAAUUGACGAAUGCGAUCGUAUCUGCCGCCAAUCGAUGGAUCGGCCAAAUCAUAGAUUUCACCAUUGUAGGCGACGACCGAGACACGCCUAUAACUUAUGGGUAUUUGAUAGAAAUUGGAGGAGAAAUAGGAAAGGACGCGAGAAUGGCGAUACAGCAAACUUUUGAAGAUCUCAUGGCGGCAAACGCCGAGUUUCGCACUGCUUUCUGGCAAGGCCGAGCAAGAAAGCCGACCAUUCGUCUCUUGGAGAAAGGCGCAUUUUCAGAAUAUCGUCAACAGAAGUGCAACAAGGCGAACGUCUCGAUAUCCCAGGUGAAGGUCCCCGUCGUCCUAUCCGACCCAACACUUAGGGAAUGGCUCCUGCAACAAGUUGUAAUCGAGCUGUAACAGAGUCUGGUCGGAAUCUGUCCAUUGCUCUCACAAAUGACUACGUUCAUGUAUCGAACAGAUUUACCUCUUGGGUCGUUCUGUCGGAUGUGUUCGCAUUGACACGAGUCAUAUA